UACUUCUCAUACUGCAGAGAUGAUGCUGUUGUGAUUUCUGGAAGGAAGCUGGCCCGGCAGAUCAGACAAGAAGCCCGGCAUGAAGUUGAACAGUGGGUAGCAGCUGGGAACAAGAGACCUCACCUCAGUGUGGUUCUGGUUGGUGAAAAUCCUGCAAGUCACUCCUAUGUGCUGAACAAAACCAAAGCGGCUGCUGAUGUGGGAAUCAGCAGUGAAACAAUCCUCAAGCCAGCUUCAAUUACUGAGGAGGAGCUACUGGAUUUGAUCAGCAAACUAAAUAACGAUGCCAACGUGGAUGGCCUGUUAGUGCAGCUUCCUUUACCUGAACACAUUGAUGAGCGGAAGAUUUGCAAUGCUGUGACUCCAGACAAAGAUGUUGAUGGCUUUCAUGUGAUAAACGUGGGGCGCAUGUGCCUGGACCAGUACUCCAUGCUGCCAGCCACCCCGUGGGGGGUGUGGGAGAUCAUAAAGAGAACAGGCAUCCCAACAUUGGGUAAGAAUGUGGUGGUGGCUGGCCGGUCGAAGAAUGUGGGGAUGCCCAUUGCCAUGUUGCUGCACACAGAUGGCAGGCACGAGCGCCCAGGAGGUGAUGCCACAGUCACAAUAUCACACCGUUAUACUCCCAAGGAGCAGCUGAAACAACACACGAUCCGUGCUGACAUCGUGGUAGCAGCAGCAGGUAUUCCUAAUCUGAUCACAGCUGACAUGAUCAAAGAAGGAGCUGCAGUUAUCGAUGUGGGGAUAACUAGAGUGCAGGAUCCUAUCACUGCCAAAUCAAGGCUGGUUGGGGAUGUGGAUUUUGAAGGGGUGAAGAAGAAAGCCAGUUACAUCACUCCUGUCCCUGGGGGAGUUGGGCCCAUGACAGUUGCCAUGCUGAUGAAGAACACCAUCAUUGCUGCCAAAAAGCUGUUGAAACCCAAAGCACUGGAAGCCUUAACUGCUUAACACAGGACUCUUUUUAGCUCUGAAAACAACAUUCCAAGAUGACUCCUAGACAGGCCGAUAGAAAAUGCAAUACUUUAUUUAUUGUACAGAGGUGGUAUUUACUAUUCUGAGGUCAUAGAUAUUUAUUUGAAGCUGAAGCAUAUGCAUAUUAGCUGUAAUAAGGCAUAUGCAUCUACACUCCUGGCCUACAGCUGCUUUUUAAACCAGCACUUCUCUAACGGAGCCAGCCUUGCAGGCUGUUGCUCUUGCAGGGACUGAGCAGCAGUGGAGACCCUCUGGGUGUGCAGAGCUUGCUGCAGUGUUAGCAGUCCUGGGGGGAGUGGAGUGGAGUGUGCUCCACAGUGCAAAACGAAUGGCCUUUGUGGUUUUGUUCUCACAAAUGCUCAGUCAGCUCAGACUUUGCUCGGAAGUGUUUAACUCUGUGAUGGGUGUUCAAUUGGAGUUGAGCUCUUCUGUAGAAGCAGCAACUGGAAAAAGCCAUGUUCUCAGCCCGGAUGGGGCUCUGGGCAGUGGUAGAUCUGAUGUACCAUGUUCAUAGUGUGCAGCUAAGCUUUUUUGUUUGUUUUUUUUCUUGUUUGUAUGAUGACUUUUUAAAACUUUUUCUUCAACCAAAGAACAAUGGAAGGCUGUUGGUGUCUAUAUUGGGUACAUGGGGAGCUUCCUGGACAUAGCAUGAAAGGAGGAAGGACUGAGUGGGGCAGACUCUGAAUAAAGUAGGGUGGGGGAAUGCUGCUUGAUUCCUAGAAUUACUGCUCAGCAAGUUCUGUACUUCCCUGAUAAGUUACCACACUUAUACUAUGAGCUCCCUGUGCUCUCAGAGUAGGGAUGGCUCAACCUUUCUCUAUGAGUUUGACCAAAAUGCAACUGCACCAUGGCUCUGAAUUGAGA